CUUGUCAGUGCUCUCUGUUGGACAAACUAUGCAGCCUACUGGAGACACUGGUACUAAAUUACAAAUUACAUAAGACAUUUGUUUGGCAUUAUGUACUGUACUUUGUUGUUAUUUAUCAACCAACAUAUACAAUAAUACGAUACUUCUCUGCAAAAAAAAGCUAUUAUCGGCCGAUAUAUCGGUUUGUUUUUUACUUUAACGUGGCUGAUUGUGGUACUGGUGUAAUUUUUCUCCAGUUGUGUGUCGAGUUCAUGAAGACCAUCUUGGGUAUCUCCAAUAGCUGCCAUGACUGUAGUAAUUGGAUUUGAGGGCAGUGCCAAUAAGAUCGGCAUCGGAAUCAUCAGGGAUGGCGAAGUGCUUUCCAACCCGAGACGGACCUACAUUACCCCCCCUGGUCAAGGCUUCAUGCCGAGUGACACCGCCAGGCACCACCGUGCUGUCAUACUGACUGUCCUGAAGGAGGCGCUGGAGCAAGCAGGGCUGAAGCCUGCAGACAUCGACUGUGUGGCAUACACAAAAGGUCCUGGUAUGGGUGCUCCUUUGGUAACGGUGGCUCUCGUGGCUCGUACAGUCGCACAGCUUUGGGGGAAGCCGCUCCUCGGCGUCAACCACUGCAUUGGACACAUUGAGAUGGGCCGACUCAUCACACAAGCUGACAACCCUACCGUGCUUUAUGUCAGUGGAGGGAACACGCAGGUUAUUGCAUACUCAGAGCGGCGGUACAGAAUAUUUGGGGAGACCAUCGACAUUGCAGUUGGCAACUGUCUGGACAGGUUCGCUAGAGUUAUAAAGAUUUCCAAUGACCCCAGUCCAGGCUACAACAUAGAGCAGAUGGCCAAAAAAGGGAGUCAGUAUGUGGAGCUGCCAUAUACAGUAAAAGGAAUGGAUGUCUCAUUCUCUGGGAUCUUAUCCUAUAUUGAGGAAGCGUCUCAUAAGAUGCUAAGCUCAGGUCAGUGUGCAGCAGAGGACCUAUGUUUCUCCCUGCAGGAGACUGUGUUCUCCAUGCUGGUGGAGAUCACAGAGAGGGCCAUGGCUCACUGUGGCUCCAAAGAGGUCCUUAUCGUUGGGGGUGUUGGCUGUAACCUGCGUCUGCAGGAGAUGAUGGGGGUGAUGUGUAAGGAGAGAGGAGCCAAGCUGUUUGCCACAGAUGAACGGUUCUGCAUAGACAACGGAGCAAUGAUUGCUCAAGCCGGCUGGGAGAUGUUUAGGUCCGGUCAGGUGACGGAGCUGGAAGACUCAUGGAUUACACAAAGGUACAGAACAGAUGAAGUGGAGGUGACGUGGCGAGACUGAUGGAGCAACAUCUUGGUGCUACAUAUGUUGUUGCAGCAGGUCUGUUAUGACGAUGGGACACAUUUUUCUAUAGGUCUUUUUGUUGAAGUGGUGGACUACCAUAGUUCCCUGAUAGUAACUGUUCACCUGAAACAAAGCUGAGUGGAGGUCAGGUUUACAAUGCAAUUUUGACAAUUAACAUGUACACCCAGUGCAGAUUUUCCCUACAAAAAUUUCUGGCACUUUAAUUUGGUGUUUAACUGUUGUACUUGUAACUGUCAGGAAGGGAAAUGUGAUUUAACUGUACAGCAGUAAAACUUCAAAUUAAAAAAAGAUUAAGAUGGAACAUGUCAAGUUUAUUCAUUUUAUUAAGCAAUACUGUUCACUUACAUUCCUCCUCUUUCUCCAGUGUAAAUUUUUAUUUAUUCAAUACAUUUUCUUUCAAAAAUCAACAUACUGAACAUGGUGAGAUUCCUUAUGGAUUCAUGAGUAACAUUCACCCGAUUAGGGAACCAAAUAAAAA